CUGAAAUAAAACGGACUUAAUCAACCGGACCGUUUCCACCUGAAACUACUGUUGCUGCAUGUGUACGUGUAUGUGUGUUUACUGCAAACGAAUAGGAUUUUUUAUUUCUGUACCUUUGUUAUCACUGACAUGACACUGUGCUUAUUUAUUAUGAAGUCCUUAAAUAAAAAUGCGUUGUUUCCCACUUGGCUGAAAUAACAUGAGAGCAAAAGAGUCAUGUUUUUAUUAAACUGUUUGAACACCGAGGCCAGCAGCUGUUAUACUUGGUCCAAAUAUAUUACUGUACCUUUUUAAUGCACAUUUUUAGACUUUAUCCAGAAACCACAAUGCGUUUUGGAAUCCCUCUUCUGUUGGUGAUGUAAUCAUUUGGGUAUUGGUGGUAUGCAAAUUAUAUAAUAACAUUAAAAUCAUGUUCUAGCGACAGUUUGUAGCCCUAUAAUAUGCCACAGACUGUGGUAAGUUUAUUAUAUUUGUCUUACAACUCGUUAAACGUCUAAGUAAAGCACGGUUUCGCUUGACAAAUUACUGUGACGUGUAUGAAAACUCCAUUACCCAUGAUCCCUUGCGGCACCUCGUACCCCCACUAACUGCGUUGGCGUAAAACUCAAAUCACAGGCGGGAGAAGACGGAGCCGGUCGGUUGGCGAUGCCGCUCCCGAGUUUUAGCUAUAAAUAAUGGUUUUAUGAUACUUUUUUACAACGCUGAAUUGUUUCCCAGUCGAGCCGAGGGUAACUUUUAACGUUAGUUUUUGUUGGGGUCGAAGAGGAGGCGGAAACUUUAACGAAGCUAUCCAACAGAAGACGGACGGAAGUGAAUCAACAGAUUGAAGAUGAUCAUGAAGGGCCAGAAGCGUAAACUUCCACCUGAGGAUGUGGAGGUUUCCGACAGGACCAGUCUAGCAUGGGAAAGCCAACGGCAGUUCGUCUUCUCUGUUUCUUUGAGCAAGUAUCAGCGAGGCCAGGAGCUUCCUGAACCGAGCCUACGCCGCUCCGUCCUGAUUGCCAACACGCUGCGACAGAUCAGCCUGGAGCCGUGCAGAGCACCACCUGUUGACAUGGAGCUGUCACUGCAGUCGCUGCCUUGUAGUUCCACAUCCACUGUACAGGCUAAAGAGUGGGAUAAUACCCAUGGCGGCACAGUAACAAUGCAAAACAACCACUUAACUCUGGCCAGUCCUCCUCUGGUUUCAAGUUGUUCUUCACGUAGGUCCCACGCCAGUGUCCCUUUGUGUUCAGAGGAUGAAGAUUGGGAAUCCAUGUCCACUGACCCUGACUUCUCCCUUUCAGCAGCCAUUUCCUCCAUCCUCUCUUCACUGGACUCCACCAUCGAUGGUAGCUCCCAGACGGCCGCUCGGACACCUCUCAGGGCUUUGGAGAACCUGUCUGACGGAGGUGUAUCUGCGCUCAAACAGGGGCUCCGGUGGUCUGGGGGUAACUGGGAGCAGCCGGAGGAGUGCAGGGCUCGAGAAAACAUCAGCGUGGAGGCAAUGAGAUCCAGCUACCUUGGAGACCUGACUGUGGACGAUCUGUUCCAGGACAUAGACACGUCCCUUUUAGAGAGGGACAUGGGGGGGAUGUGGAGAGGCAGCGCAGACGGACACUCUGCUGGAGAUGAUCUCCUUCGGUAUCUGCCAUCCUUCACCUCCUCGCAGUCUUUCUCCCUCUCUCUCAACCAGAAAUGCCUGCCUUCCUUUUCCUCAUUCAGCCCUUCAUCAUCAUCGCUGUCUCUUCCUUUGCCAACGCCAUCUCUCUUCUCAAACCCGAGUCUGAUGAGGGAUGGACUUGAGCUCGAUCAUCUGAUGGAGAUCCUGGUGGAGUCCUGAUUGUCUCCUCCUUAACAUGAAGUAACUAAAGUUGGAUGACAAAAACUCUAAGACUAUGGAAAGUCAAAUGACUGGACUGAAAUGUUUAAUAAACACUCAGUUUGGUAUCAGGAAACUGUUAGAGGAAUAGUGUUUUAUACAAUGUACAACUCCAUGUUAGUGCCUACUCUGGGUAAAACAAAGACUAUCCCAGCAAAAAUAAAACUCAAGCAUAGUCUGAGAUUACAGUCAAAUCUGCAGAUUAAAAAAAAUUAAUUAAUGAGAAGAAAAUUGUAAAUUAAUACCAUAAUCUCAGAGUAUAUUGAACAAAAAACCUUGAAUAUUCUAAGAUACAUUUGUGAGAAACUCAGGCUUAAGUCAUAAUUUACCAGGUAAAAAAUUAAGUUAUGGCUGCAAUAUCUGAAAAUAGUUCAUAAAAUGAUUUGCAUCUUUAAUCCGAGUAAUUCAGAUUUUGUCUUCCUCUUAGAUUCCUUCCUCUGGUUUAGUUUUUGGUUCCUUUUACCCACCGUGGCCCUAAUGUAUCGUCAUAAUCGUGGGCGUUAGAAAGUAGUUAGAAGGAUCUAAAAAAGUUGAAAUGAUUGAUGUCUAAGACAGUAAACUGACCACAGGUGAUGCCUUUGGCGUCUUUUGUGCAAUACAAAGGGUUUGAUGUUUUUUCGGUCCCAGGGUUUUUAUUUGUUUCGUCUCGUGCGUCUGAGUGGAGUUUUCUGAGGCGUCAAAGAGCUUCAGCUGAUGUGAACGUCAAACCCUUUGUAAAA